AUGGAGAGCCAAAAGAUGCAUUUGCGGCAUGUUAUGCUUCAUUGCUUUAAAAAAGGCAAUAGUGCAAAGGACACUGCAGACGAGAUUUUCACCGUUUACGGGAGUGGUACUACCACUAUUAGGACCGUCGGCAAUUGGUUUAAGAAAUUUAGAGCUGGCAAUUUCGAGUUGAAAGAUGAAGACCGCAGCGGCCGCCCAGCAACGACUGAUACGGACAUUAUCAAGACUGUGCUCACUGAAAAUCCACGAUACAGUGUGCGUGAGAUAGUGGAUGCCACUAAUAUUCCCAAGACAACGGUACAUAAGCAUUUAAUCAAGAUAGGAUAUGCGAAUCGAUAUGAAGUUUGGGUUCCACACCUAUUGACGGAGACCGGCCUUAUGAACCGCGUCUCUACGUGCGAUUUGCUUCUCCAGCGACAUGAAAGGGAUCCUUUCUUAAAGAGGCUUGUCACUGGAGACGAGACUUGGAUUUUAUACCAAAAUGUGCAUCGAAAACGCACUUGGUCCAAGGAAAAUAGACCUUCAACUGUUGCGAAGCCUGGACUUGAUCCGAAGAAGGUUCUUCUGUGCAUUUGGUGGGACUGGAAAGGUGUAGUGUACUACGAGCUCCUUCCCCAAGAUGAUACGAUCAAUGCUGACAAAUAUUGCAAUCAACUGGAUCAAUUGAAAGCAGCCAGUAGCAGAAAAACGGCCAGAAUUGGCGAACCGACGAGGCGUCGUUUUCCAUCGCGACAACGCAAGACCGCAUGUUGCGUUAGCCGUAAGGCAAAAAUUAUUACAGUUUGA